UUUAGUUACUCUUUGAUUUUAUAAAAUGAAACUUGUUGAAUGCUUGAAGUUGAAGAUGUAAAGAAAUCUUGUAUCGUGUGAAAAGUUUUUUAUUGAAGAAGAAACAUAAAACAAGAUACUUUGAACCAGUAAUGCUGUUCUAGAAGUAUUCUACAAUAUGGCAUUCCUUUGCCCUGUCAGAAUCAGAAGGGGCAAGAAGAAGAAAUCAAGCAGUGGUGAUUCAGACAAAGAUCUCUCCAGACCGGAUUCAGGGUUAAGUCCGGGUAUGGGCCGUAUCACUGGCUCAGCUAGUAUAGAAACUUUAGUUCGAGUUGGUAUAGAGAAAGAGCAUGGAUUGAGUCCAGACUCCAAGAUGGUAGUUCUACAUGACUUUGCUCCGUGUGUGGAUGAUGAAUUGGAGGUGAAAAGAGGCCAAAUAGUGAAUGUAUUGUAUAGAGAGAAUGACUGGGUGUAUGUGAUACUCGCAGACUCCCGGAGAGAGGGGUUCAUUCCUCACUCAUUUUGUGCUCCGUGCGAGCAUCAUGACUUGAAGAAAAAACUACCAAGAAGUAGAUCUCCCACUGACCUAGCUCAUAGAGAUGUUUCUCAGCUAUCAGUCUCAGACGGCGCGACCAACGACGGUCAUUCGGAGCUGGGCAGCGAGGGCGAGGCGUGUCCCUUCAGCAAGGACCCGUCGGGCCGCUACGUCGUGCUCUACACCUUCACCGCGCGCGACGAGAACGACGUGGACGUGGAGCGCGGCGAGUUUGUCACUGUGCUGAACCGAGAAGACCCGGACUGGUACUGGAUCGUGCGCAGCGACGGCCAGGAGGGGUUCAUCCCGUCCGGCUUCGUCUACCCCGCCGUCGUGCAACCAUCAACGCAAGACAGCCAGCAGCCGGGCGGGCUGCUCCCGCCGCUGCCGCCGCCGCUGGCCCCGCCCGCCGGCGCGCUGCCCAGCGACGGACGCUACCACGGCACGGAGCUAGUCAUGCUCUAUGAUUAUAAGGCGCAAGCGCCCGACGACCUGUCGGUGAAGCGCGGCGAGUGGGUGUACGCGGACCUCACGCAGCAGACGGUGGAGGGCUGGCUGUGGGCUCACGCUCCCAAGUCGCGCCGCUCCGGGUUCAUACCCACGGCGUAUGCGCGCGCGCCGCACACCACUGAGCUGUGACGUCAUACCGCCACUAUUGGGGGGCAACUCUAAA